AUGAAUAUACCUCAUUUUCAGAGUCAAUAUUCGUCGACGGAGCAUAUUGGAGAAAUGAUUGAUAAUAUGAGAGUGGGACCCGAUCGACAGGCUUCCAGUCGAUAUGAUAGUAAUGAGAGUUAUGAUGACGUGACGACACCGCAGCCAUUGAAUUCAUUUCUAAGUCCUGCGAAAUUUGUGAACGAAUUCAACUUGGAAAUUGUCAAUCGAACGAGUGUUUAUAAGAAAAAAUUUCCGAAAGCAAAGAUCCAAAUGGAGGAGCGGCUGAGCGCAGUUGUUGCCGAGAAUGGUCCGUUGAGUGGUGGAAUCACACUGCCCAAUAUCGACAACGAGCAAGAAGGCGAUGAAUUGGUGAUGAGGAGUCGAAGAUCAAUGGUAUCAUUUUUUGGCAAAGUUUGA